GUCUUCAAUGACGCCACUAUUAAUGCAUGUUUUCCGUUGAGGAUGUGGGUGUGUGUCUCCAAUGACUUUGAACUUAGGAAUGUGCUCAUUAAAAUCCUCAAUUCUGCUCCAAACCCAAAUAGGGAAAACUUCAAUAACUUUGAGACAGAGCAACUUCAAAUUCAUUUGAGAAAUACACUUGAAGGGCAGAAGUCCUUGCUUGUGUUGGAUGACGUGUGGAACGAGGAUCGUGCAAGAUGGGAUGAGUUGAGAGAAAUAAUAGAUGUGGGUGUUGAAGGGAGUAAGAUCCUAGUGACUACUCGUAGCCAUAAAGUAGCUGCCAUUAUGCACACUAAAUCCUCAAAUUCGUACCUUCUAGGAUGUCUCUCUGAUGAGAAUUCUCGUUCUCUAUUUGUGAAAUAUGCUUUUGAAGAUGGAGAUGAGAUGAAACAUCCACAACUAUUGAAAAUUGGGGAAGAAAUAGUAAACAAAUGUGGAGGGUUACCAUUGGCGGUGAAAACGGUGGGGAGUUCACUGUUCUCAAGGGUUGAGGAGAGAGAGUGGGAGAGUGUAAGAGACAAUGAGAUUUGGAAUUUACAACAAAAUGAAAAAGACAUUUUGCCUGCUCUCAAACUAAGUUACGAUCAACUGCCUUCGUAUUUAAAACCAUGUUUUGCUUCUUUCUCCCUUUUCCCAGAAGACACUUUUCUUUUUAGUUCUCAAGUUUGUAUGUUAUGGGGAGCACUUGGUUUUCUUCCACCACCAAAGGCAAGUGAAUCAAUGACUGAUGUUACCACUCAAUUGUUGCAUGAGCUAUGGUCAAGAUCUUUUCUUUCAGAAUAUGAAGACUUGGGAGGUGAUUGUCGGUUUAAAUUACAUGAUUUGGUGGUCGAUCUUGCCGUAUAUAUUGCAAAGGGUGAGUUUGAAAUAAUACAAAACCACAAUCCAAACUUAUACAAGAAUGCCCAUCAUUUGUUAUUAAUGAAUAAUAAUUUGCUUGAUCAAGCUCUUCUUCCCUCAAGUCUAAGAAGUAUCUUUUUUCCUAAUGGAGCUAAUAAUGAAGAUUUCUUGAAUACAUUGGUAUCAAGGUGCAAAUUCUUGAGUGUUUUAAUCUUAGAUUUGUGUGAAUACGAAAGUCUGCCUCGCUGCAUCGGAAAGUUGAAACAUUUAAGAUAUCUCAGCCUUUCGAACAAUGAAAACCUUACGGAACUCCCUGAUUCAGUUUGCAAACUUCAAAAUUUGCAAGUCUUGAACCUUAAGGGAUGCAUAAAGCUACAAAAGUUACCCGAAGGACUAGGAAAUCUAAUAAGCCUUCGUCACCUGUUUAUAACCACCAAACAACCUGUUUUUCCAGAAAAAGAAGUUGCAAGUUUGACUUCUAUAGAAGAUUUAAGGUUUUAUCAUUGUGAUAAUUUGGAGUCAUUGUUCAAAGGAAUACUACUACUCACUCUUAAAGGAUUGACUUUAAUUGAUUGUAAAAGUCUAAAGACGGUGCCGUUCCAUGCCAUAAAAAAUUUAGAGGUUUUAGUGAUUGCAGAGUGCAACAAGUUGGAAUUGUCAAUGGGCCUUAGCAACGAAAUCCUUUAUUCAAGGUUGAAGCUUCUCAUUCUUAGAGACUUGCCAAGUCUAGUCAGAUUGCCUCGGUGGCUUCAAGGAUCUGCCAACUCUUUACAGUCCUUAGGUAUUGUAGAUUGCUUGAAUCUUGAGGAGCUUCCCGAUUGGCUACCAACUCUAAAUUGUCUCCAAGGACUUUCAGUUCUCAAUUGUCCAAACCUAUUAUCAGUCCCUCAUAACAUGCUUCACCUCACAAAUCUAAAAGUGAUUAAUGUCACUGGUUCUUUUGAAUUAUGGAAAAGAUACAGGCCAGAAAUUGGACAGGAUUGGCACAACAUAUCUCAUGUCAAUCUUGUUUGGGAUGAUUAUCAAUCGGAAAAUGAAAAAGAAUUAACAGUCAAAAUUUGAAGGUAUGCCAAUUUCAACCAUUUAAC